AUGUUUCGAAAGCUCGGAUCGUCUGGUUCACUAUGGAAACCAAAAAAUCCGCAUUCUCUUGAGUAUCUAAAGUGAGUUUUUGACAUUCGAGAAUAAUUACUGAUUGCUUCGAACAUUUGUGCUUUGCAGAUAUCUGCAAGGAGUGAUAACGAAGAACGAAAAAGUGACGGAGAACAACAAGAAAAUACUGGUGGAGGCGCUCAGAGCGAUUGCCGAAAUUUUGAUUUGGGGAGAUCAGAAUGACGCCUCUGUUUUCGAGUGAGCUUCUGAUGAUCUAUUUUGCUCUCAAAAACAGCUUCAGCUUUUUCCUGGAACGUCAAAUGUUGCUUCAUUUUCUCAAAAUCAUGGAGCAAGGAAACACGCCGCUGAAUGUGCAACUUCUGCAAACCCUCAACAUUCUCUUCGAAAAUAUUCGACAUGAGACUUCGCUUUGUAAUUUUGUCAACUCGAAUUGUUGUAAAUUGAUUUUUUCAGAUUUUCUACUGAGUAAUAACCAUGUAAAUUCCAUAAUUUCACACAAGUUCGAUUUGCACAAUGAUGAGAUAAUGGCGUAUUACAUCAGUUUCCUGAAAACGCUUUCCUUCAAACUCAACGCCGCGACCAUUCAUUUCUUCUUUAAUGAGGCGACCGAAGAGUUCCCAUUGCUUGUGGAAGUGCUCAAAUUGUACAAUUGGAACGAGUCGAUGGUCAGAAUCGCUGUCAGGAAUAUUCUUCUGAAUAUUGUCAGAGUUGAGGAUGAAUCAAUGCUUCAAUUUGUUACGCAGCAUACAAACGUGAGCUUUCAAACAAUUCAUCUGUGUAUUGUGUGUCAAAUUCAGGAGUAUCUAUCCGAACUGAUCGAUUCGCUUGUUGCUCUUUCCAUUGAAAUGGAUACUUUCGUCCGUUCGGCAGAAAAUGUGCAAGCGAAUCGAGAAAGGCUGCGUGGCAAAGUGGAUGACCUCAUCGACCUGAUUCAUUAUAUCGGAGAGCUUCUGGAGGUGGACACCAUCGCCGAAUCUCUUUCUGUUCUGGGUACGUUAUCUGUCCCUUGUUCUCACGAGCAUGGUUCUUUUGCAGUGACCUCCCGGUAUCUGAACCCUCUGCUGCUCUCCAGUCUCUCUCCGCGUCGCAACAAUCAUUCCCUCCUCCUCACUCCCAUUUCCGCCCUUUUCUUCUUCUCGCAGUUCCUUCUCGUCGUCCGGCAUCACGAAACCAUUCACAUUUUCCUGUCUUCUUUUCUCUUCGACACUCAAAAAACGUUACAAACACAUUGGAUUCGUCAAAAUCAAAACUACUGCCUCGAAGCUCUUUCCGAAUUGAUUUCCUCUCCAGUUGAGAGCGAAACUGAUGGGAAUCGGUUUGUUAAUAUCCGUUUAUCCCUACUUUUAUCCAUUUUCCAGAGUGUUCUUCGAUACCCUUCUGGAAGCAUUUGAUUCCAGUCAAAAAGACGAUUCGCAGGCGUUUUACGGGCUCAUGCUCAUCUAUUCCAUGUUCCAAAACAAAGGUAAACUUUUCUCUUUCGCUUUGUGCUCGUUCUAACAUUAAUUUUCCAUUCUCAUGCUUCCCUUCAGACAGUAAGUUGAAAAUAUUGUGAAGUGUUAUAUGUUCCGUGGGAAUUGGCAUGAGCUUUGCAUGCUGGAAAUGCAGGGAGAACAGCUCCAGCGUUACCAAAUUCCACUCCAACUUACAAACUUCAUUUUCAGCUGACGUCGGAGAACUGUUAUCGGCCGCUCAUUUCCCCGUUAUAAAGGAGUCUACAAACAGUGUUCAACAGAAUUUGGCACGUCUUCGGAUGGCAUCCACGUCAUCAGUGUCCAGAAGAGCACGGGCUAUAACAGAGAUUGGAGUGGAGGCGACCGAAGAAGAGGACGUUUUCCACGAUGUUCCGGAGCAGUUGGUAAAUUCAAUUUGAUGCGAAUCAAAUAAGGAAUUGAAAGUUUCAGGAUGAUUUAGAAGACGAUGUGAUGGUUGACCGAGAAAAUUCCUCAAAAGAGCAAGAAGAUGUCCGCUCGAGGUUUCAAUCUGCCGCAGACGACGUUCCUCCCGCCCCUUCCCUGCAGAACUCUUCGGAUGGUCUGUCUUAUUCCGGAUACGAUAGUCGUCUUUUCGAUGCUCUUUCGUCCAUCAUUCGUGCUGUCGGAUCGGAUGACAAUCGCAUUCGCCCGAUCACUCUGGAGCUGGCUUGCCUCGUCAUUCGACAGAUUCUCAUGACUGUCGAUGAUGAAAAGGUUAAACAGAGAUUGAAUGCCUUUCAAACGUCGUUUUCAUUUCAGGUUCAUAUCAAUUUGACCGAUCUGUGCUCAAAAGUCCGUCAGAAGCUUCUGGCUGUGAUCGGGCAAUACGUGAACGGGGAAAACCUGUUCCUCGAGUGGUUCGAGGACGAAUACGCCGAGUUCGAAGUCAGUUUGUGUGUGCUUCCAUACGUUGAAACCAAUUGUGCUGUAGGUGAAUCACGUGAAUUUCGAUAUCAUCGGCUACGAAAUGCUGCUUCCUCCUGCGGCCACGCCCCUCUCCAAUCUUCCUCUCCACAAACGACUUCCAAGUGGAUUUGAAGAAAGAUUGAGAACUGUAGGCCAACCGCUCUCUUUCUUUUUCCCAACAUUUCUUUCAGCAAAUUGUUUUCUACUUGCACAUUCGCAAACUGGAAAGAGAUUUGACAGGAGAAGGAGACACUGAACUGCCAGUUCGAGUAUUCAAUCCGGGUCAAGAGCCAGUUGCCAUUGGAGAUUGCAUCAAUCUCCGUUAGUUCUCUAUUUCCCUCGGCCCGUUAUUUCCUCCCAAUUCCAGAUAAUUCCGACCUUCUCUCGUGCACAGUCGUUCCUCAGCAGCCGUGUUCUCUCGGCAAGACGGGUGAUCGUCUGGCUCGUUUCCUCGUCACGGACCGUCUCCAGCUGAUCCUCGUGGAGCCGGACUCUCGCAAAGCUGGAUGGGCCAUCGUUAGACUCGUCGGAUUGCUGCAGGACACGACGAUAAACGGAGACUCUAGCGAUAGCAAAGUGCUGCACGUGGUAGUGGAAGGGCAACCGUCCCGGCUGAAAGUGAGAAACUGGCACGUCUGUUAAUAUGGUUAACGGUUAUUUCCACAGAAGCGACAUCCAGUGCUAACGGCCAAGUUCAUUUUCGACGAUCACAUUCGUUGUAUGGCGGCGAAACAAAGACUCAGCAAGGUUUUUAUCCGUUCCCGUUCAUCCCUCAUUGUUCUCUUCAAUUUCAGGGCCGCCAAACCGCACGUGGUCUGAAGCUGCAAGCAAUUUGUUCAGCUAUCGGAGUCCCACGUGUCGACAUGUCAAUGGCUUCCUCCUCGCCUCGAAUGAACCCAUUCCGAAUCGUGAAGGGAUGUGCGCCCGGGAGCGUUCGCAAGACUGUCUCGUCCUCUUCCGUGCGAAAUCCUGCAGGAUUCUAUUCCGCGAACCUUCGUUCCGCUUCACGCGCGUCUUCCGCCGCAGGAAUCGUUCCGGAGGACCCUACGCAGUCCUCAUCGUCUUCUGCAAGCAGGAGCUGA